AUGGACCCCAAGAUCCCGCUGCUCAGCAAUGCUGUUAAGGACCUCGCCCUUGCAUUUAACUACCAAGGAAGAAAAACCAUCAAGCAAGUAAAGAAGAGAAAUGAAGAAAUGCCAUUUAAAAAAGAACUUGUGUUGUGCUCUCUUAUUGAGAGCGUCUUCAAUAACAAUGAAUUUCAAGCUUUGCGGGAAUUUCUAUCAGACCAAAGUGAAUAUCCACCUCAGCAAUGCAACAAGCUGUUCCUCAACAAGCUCAAUCAGUUAGCUCACAAGGAAAUGGACAAAAAUCAGUUCUUGAAUGUCUCUCUGCUACUAAAAGUGUUGCAGAAAUUUUGCAAGGAGGACUGUGAUGGUCUAAAUGACUUAAUUGAACAUGGGCUUGUUAAGAAGAUAAGUCGGAUAGAACUUGUGGACAGUUUUCUUUUACAAAUAGGCAAUGGAGUGACUGAUUUUCGUCUAAAAAUCAGUAUCCGUCUGGAGGCUAUAAGAACCUUCAAUUCAUUGCUUGAUUUAAUCUUCAAAAAGGGGAAUAUAAAAUUUUACUCUUCUGAAGAAGUGCAAGAUUUAAUGCUUGAUCUGGCAAAAACAAUUCUGGAAGUUGGAGACUAUGAAAUUCAAGUAGCCAUUUCAGAAGCCCUGUGCCGAAUGUCUGAUGGGAAGAUGAGAGAGACAUUUGUUCACAAAUGGUUUAGUGAACCGAUUGCCAAUGCCUUCAUGCAAAUUAAAGAUUUUGAAUUUGAGACAUUGAAGAAGCCAGCUGAUGUUAAACUGCAGAACUUCUGGAUUGAUUUCAACCUGGGAAGUCGCAGCGUGACAUUUUUUAUUAAAGAUGAUGCUCAAAAUAGUGAGACAGACCUCUGGGAGACAGUAAGCUUAUCAUAUGAAGAAGUCAAAAGUUUUACUGUGGAAGAAGUUAAGAGUGCUGCAAUUCUUAUUAUAAACUUGAAAAAGACACUGUUGGUUAAUAAAAAGGAAGGAAAGAAAGUGAAGAUAUAUUUUGACUCUACAUUUGAUAUCCUAAACACGGCUAAGCUGGUGUAUGGCGAAGAAAUGAUGCUGGCACCUGAAUUACAGCACUUGGCCUUGCCUUCUGAGGAACCUCAACUGGACACUGCUGCAAAAGAGAUGAAUCAUGGUGAAAAUUCAACUGCCAGUGAAGGAGAGCUUGACAGAAAGAUUAGCCAGAAGCAACAUGAAGAACAGGGAUACCACAGUGAUGCAGAGAGAGAGCACAAGUCAUUAAAGGCUAUCACUCCCCUCAUGGAAACAGAACCAGAUUUGAAGCAAAAUUCCAUGGUGGAGGACACCGAGAUGGAGACUUCAGAUAUACAACAUAACUUGACUGCCCAACCUGAAAGAACAAAAAGUAACCUCCUAAAAAGUGAUCAGAAGAAGAUUUUCACGGAAGAUUCGUGUAGUGAAGGCUCUGAGCACAGUUGGCUGUCAAUGCCCCAAAAGAAAGAUUUCCCUCGUAUUGCAGACUACAGCAAACAGAAGAAAAGGAAGUCAUCUGUCCUAAGAGUUUUACCACUGUUUCUUGAAUCUAGUGAAGGCAAGGAGCAGAAAGAAAGAGAGGUAACUCUGAGUAAGGAGUUCCAAAUACCUUCAGAAGAAGAUAAUAUUCCUCUGAGUGAGCAAGCCACUUCAGAAUUUACUGAUUUUCAAGCAUCAGAUACUUCAAAAGUGAAGAAGAUCAAAAGUGAUGUGGGGCAGCAGUCUGCAAAUUCUCCCUUCACUGAGUACUACAAUGAUUCUAUCAAUAUGGAUGAAGAGCUAGACGAAAUGGAACAGAAUGCUGAGAGAUCUAAAGAGAUGGAAGAUGGAAGUCUGCAUGAUGGAAACCUCAGUGCUACACUACAUGGAUUCACUGAAAGAAUGAAGCAGGAAUUGACGGUAAAGUUGCUUAAUUGA